CGCCGUGGUCACACCCUUCCCAGCGUCCCCCCUCCCGCUCUGCCCGCCAUGUUCUGGAGGAGGAGAUACGUGUUGCCUGGCUUUAGCUGGUUUAGCAUUAGCAACACAUAGCUAGGCGGAGGCGCAACAAGCUCCCUGAACGCCGAAAUAAGUACUCUUUUUUAUUUCCCCCUGGAAUUGGUAAAACUCGUUUAUGGAUUUGUAUCCCUAGCGUAACAGUUAAAUCUGACGUAACCUAAACAAUAUGGUGAUGGCGUGGUCAUGUGUGCAGCCAGCACUGUGUGUGUGGUGAUGGUUUUAACAGACGCUGUUCUGGAGGACUCAGGAACACUGCACUGGCCUGGAGAAGCCUCAUAAACACACACAUACACAACAGACACACACGCACACACUUGUGCACAAGAUUGACACGUACAUACGCCACCGCCGUGCCUUGAGAAAGGACACAGGCGCACGGACACAUAACUCAAGCAUCCCCUGUAGCACGCACAGACACAUUUACACCUUCUGUGUGUGUUUGUGUGUGUGUGCGCGUGCGCGAGUGCGAGUGUCAGUCUCUACUCCAACAUUUUUGGUGCCCUAGCUCCUCUUCUGUGUGAGACUGUGCAUUUUAUUUCACCCCGACUGUCCCAUCUCCCCCGCCACUAUGCCGAGCUCUACCAUCCGCCGGCAGAUGAAGAACAUGGUGAACAACUACUCUGACGCUGAGAAGAAAGUCAGGGAGGCAACUUCCAACGACCCCUGGGGCCCUUCAUCUUCUCUCAUGUCUGAGAUAGCCGACCUCACCUACAACGUGGUUGCCUUCAGUGAGAUCAUGAGCAUGAUCUGGAAGCGGCUCAACGACCACGGCAAGAACUGGCGCCACGUCUACAAGGCCCUCACCCUCCUUGACUACCUGAUAAAGACAGGAUCAGAGCGAGUGGCACUCCAGUGCAAAGAGAACAUCUUUGCCAUCCAGACUCUAAAGGACUUCCAGUACAUUGACAGAGACGGCAAAGAUCAGGGCAUCAAUGUCCGGGAGAAGAGCAAGCAGCUAGUGGUCCUACUUAAAGACGAGGACCGUCUCAAAGGAGAGCGGUCUCAGGCUUUGAAGACCAAAGAGCGUAUGGCCCAGGUGUCCACAGGGAGCACUCAGAUGGGUUUUGGCCGAGGCUCGUCUCAGCCCAACCUCUCCACUUCCUACAGUGAAGAGUACGGCCGGUCAGAGGGCUCACCUGCUUCCUACCAUGGCUCCACGUCUCCCAACGCGGGUUCAGAACUGGAGCAGGCCAGACCUCAAACCAGCGGAGAGGAGGAGCUACAGCUGCAACUGGCUCUGGCCAUGAGCAGAGAGGCUGCAGAGCAGGAGGAGCGCUUGCGCAGAGGGGACGACCUGAGACUACAGAUGGCCUUGGAGGAGAGUAAGAAAGGAGGUCCAGAACCGGCCAAGAAGAAGAGAGAUCCCCAAUCAUCUUUAAUGGAUCUGAUGGAUGUCCCUGAGCCUGGUGCCCGUGCUGACCCCUGGGGGGCUGGAGCCGGGGCUGCGGCAGCCGCUGCAUCAGAAGACCCCUGGCACUCUUAUGGGUCUGCACCUAAGCCAGUGACCCCAGUGGACCCAUGGGGUGUUACUCCUUCCGUUCCACCCAUGAAGAGUGCUGAUCCCUGGGCAUCAAACUCUACUCCUGCCCCCGACCCCUGGGGCUCCACAGCCACCCGCCCCAAGACUUCCAACAUAGGUAGCUUUGACCUAUUUAAUGCAUCCAACGGUACGUCUAAAGAGGACUUCUCAGAAUUUGACAGCCUGCGCUCUUCCUCCUCUGUCCCCACUGGUGAUGGGGGCGUAGCAUCCUCUCUCCCCUCCCAAGCCAGUCUCGCUAGCAGCGGCAGCUUGGACCUCUUCGACCCCCUGCCCGGCUCCAUUUCUAUGCCUGCCACAACAAACCCAACUAGAAAGACUCCAGAGUCCUUCCUGGGUCCCAAUGCUGCCCUGGUGAAUCUGGACUCCCUGGUGACCAAACCAGCCCAGCCUGCGCCAGUUGUCAACCCAUUCUUAGCGGCAACAGGUGGCUCUGCUCCUGCUCCAGCUUCACAAGCCCACGCCAACCCCUUCCAAGUGAGCCAGCCAGCCCCACCCACCCUCAACCAGAUGCGGGUCAGCCCCAUGCCCGCCAGCUUCGGCAUGGCCGAGCCCAACGCCCUCCCCUCGGGGCCUGCUCAGAUCAUCAGCAUGGUCCCCGAAAUAGCCAUUGCCCCUAUUGCCCGAGUCAUGCCCGGGAUGGCCGGCGCGGGGAUGUCCUUGCCCCAGCCCCUGAUGAGCAUGCCACCCCAGGCCGGGACGCAGCCCACCGGAACCACCAACCCCUUCCUUUUGUGAGGGGGGGGACCGGGGGGCGACCCAGAGUAACCCCUCCUCUCUCUUACUCUCUCUUCCACUUUGGCUCCUUAAGAAGCUUCAAAAUGAACAAGGAGAUGUCUUAUCCCUAUCUAUCCCUUCAUAACUCCUAGCCAGGUCAUAGUCCCAGUCUGCCCCCCCCCCCU